AAAAGAAUGUAAAAGAAAAAGACCUAAAAAAAAUGUGACAUGGAGUAAAUAAAGGCUAGAUGGUUUUGUGCAUAAGGGAAACAGGAUGAUUCAAAAAGUGUGUGAAUUAAAAAUAUGAAGCAAAUCAAAAUUUUCAGAGUGAGUGUGGUGGAAAAUUAUGAUAAUUUGUGUAUAUAAUGUGUGUAUAUAUAGAAAUGUUUAGGCUCAAAUUUAGUGCAGUGUGGGCAGGACGGUGGUAAAUGGAAUGAUUCACAUCAAGGUGAACUCGCUGUUUCCUCUCCCCCGCCGUGCGGCUGCUGUAGCAAUUCUUUCUGAUCGUGGGGGAAACAAAACAUUUACGUAGGAGGGAGAGGGGCUUGUCGUAUAAGAAGAGCCGACAUCAAAACUCAAUGUUUCAGAAGAGUGAAAGCACGCUGCUGCUUGAAAGACGAACACCACGUGUCUGUCGUUUGAACAAGACUUAUUGGAUCAUCUGCCCUUGUAUACAUUUCGGCGGGGAGAUUGUUUAUUGAUAAACUGAGUCGAAAGACUCGACAGCUACACAUUUAAGGGCAAAGAUUUAUCCUGAGGAUGCAGUUCAGCUUGAUUUUAACCUCUCUUUUAUGUUUCACAACACGGAUGAGCAUGGUCCCAGCAAUCGACUGUCCUUGUACCACGGUCUCCAACAUGAGAGUCCAUCUUUCUAAAAUUAAGGAAUACACCAUUCAGGAGGACGGCAACUGUCUCUUUAGUGCAAUUGUGUUUCAGACAGUGAGCAGAAAGACCAUUUGCUCCAACCCCAAAGAUGACUGGGCAAACCGUGUUAUUCUGCAGCUGAAGAAAAGACAGAAUCAAAAAAUAACAACAGACUCAUCAUCAGGAUCAGAAUCACCAUCAGCCCCAUCAUCAGCACAAGGAUCAGAACAAACAGAAACACCAGCAUUAGCACCAGGAUCAGAGCUACCAUCUGCACCAGCAUUAGUACCAUCAAUGUCACCAAGAUCAGAACAAACAAUAGCACCAGAAUCAGAACCACCAUCAACACCAGCAAUAUCACCAGGAUCAGAACAAACAACAGUACCAAUAUCAGCAUUAGUACCAUCAAUGUCAUCAAUGUCACCAGCAUCAAAUCCAACAUCAGCACCAGCAUCAGCACUGGAAUCAGAAUCACCAUCAACACCAUUAGCUUCACCAGAAUCAGAACCACCAUCAACACCAGCAACUUCACCAGCAUCAGAACCAGCAACAGUGCCAUCAGCACCAUCAACAGAACUAGGAUCAGAACCACCAUCAACACGAUCAGCAACACCAUCAGGCCCAGCAACAUUAUCAGGAUCAGAACCAACAUCAGAACUAACAUCAGCAUCAUCAACCAAAACAUCAACCUCUUCAAAAGCACCAUCAUCAACAACUUUAAACCCAAUAUCUGCAAAAUCCACUCCAAAUCCAACAUCAGCACCAAACACCACUUCUGGUUCCAGGUCAGCACUCCACCAUAUUCUAGCAACGUCCUUGACAACAAGAAGAGCAUCAACUCAAAGACAUUUAACACUAAGGAAAUGACAAAACAAGGAAA